UGCAGUCGCGCAGUGAGAACGCGUCAGCAGGUGCGGUCAUACUUGUCAUUCACAACCAAAUUCAUCGGAUCAUUGGCAGGACGGCAAGAAGAAGAGACAGCAAUCACCUGCGAAAAAGAAAUAAAUUUAAGAGAAAUGUUAAAUAUCUUGUAGUGUGGCUGUUUGGCGUGCGUUGAAAUGAUUCCUGGCGACCAGUAGAAGCAUUUAGUGACCACGCAACUCAUCCCCCACCCCCCGCUGCAACGGUUUAUCCUGGACAAAGGCCAACGGCUACAACAACACCACUGAGACAGCCACAGCCAAUUGGCACCCACACAUAAACAAACAUAUACACACACACACACGCACACUGCGUAGAAGACAACAACUGGGAAACGGAGGCCUUCAACUGCUGGAAAAAUGGAAGCGGACGGACUUACCAACGAACAAACGGAGAAGGUUCUCCAGUUUCAAGACCUCACCGGCAUCGAGGACAUGAACGUGUGCCGCGACGUCCUUAUCAGACACCAAUGGGAUCUCGAGGUGGCCUUUCAGGAGCAGCUGAACAUCCGAGAGGGUCGCCCCACCAUGUUCGCCGCCUCCACGGAUGUGCGAGCGCCCGCUGUGAUUAACGACCGCUUCCUGCAGCAGGUAUUUUCGGCCAACAUGCCCGGCGGACGAACAGUGAGCCGGGUGCCCAGUGGACCUAUACCCCGCAGCUUCACCGGGAUCCUUGGCUACGUAUUUAACUUCGUGUUCCAGUACUUCUACUCUACGCUGUCGAGUUUUCUUAGUGCGUUUCUCAACCUGGGAGGUGGAAGCGAACCGCGUUUGGUAACCGAUCCACUAGGCGACGUGAUGAAGUUCAUUAGGGAGUACUACGAACGAUACCCCGAGCACCCGGUCUUCUAUCAGGGUACCUAUGCCCAGGCCCUGAACGAUGCCAAGCAGGAGCUGCGCUUCCUGGUCGUUUACCUGCACAAGGAUCCCGCCAAGAACCCCGAUGUCGACUCCUUCUGCCGCAACACGCUCUCGUCGAGAUCGGUCAUUGACUACAUCAACACACACACUCUGUUAUGGGGCUGUGACGUGGCCACGCCCGAGGGCUACAGGGUGAUGCAGUCCAUCACAGUCCGCAGCUACCCGCUGAUGGUGAUGAUCAGCCUGCGGGCAAACCGCAUGAUGAUCGUCGGGCGCUUUGAGGGCGAUUGUACGCCCGAGGAGCUGUUGCGUCGCCUCCAAUCGGUCACCGCCGCCAAUGAGGUGUGGCUGAGUCAAGCGCGUGCGGACCGUUUGGAGCGUAACUUCACACAGACUUUAAGGCGACAGCAAGACGAGGCUUACGAGCAGAGUUUGCUGGCAGACGAGGAAAAGGAGCGACAGCGGCAACGGGAAAGGGACGCCGCACGACAGGCAGAGGAGGCCGUGGAGCAGGCGAAGCGCGAUGUGCAGCUGCGCAAGGAGGAAAUCGCCCGGCAAAAGAUUGAACUGGCCAUGUUGGUGCCUGUUGAACCGGCAGCGGAUGCAGUCGGCGCUAUCGCCGUCGUCUUUAAGCUUCCCAGCGGAACACGCCUCGAGCGCCGAUUCAACCAGACGGAUUCGGUGCAGGACGUUUAUCACUAUCUUUUCUGUCACCCCGAAUCGCCGGAUGAGUUUGAGAUCACAACGAAUUUUCCGAAACGGGUGCUCUACUCGAAGGCGGAAGUGGAUGCCGCCGAAGGAGCCGGGGCUGCCAAAGAGACACUGACCAAAAGCCUUCACGAUGUGGGGCUCAAGAACCGCGAGGUGCUGUUCGUUAACGAUCUAGAGGCGUAACCAAGCACCACCUACCAAAUGAUAGCAUCAUCGUGUUACCAGCUGCAACGCAUUACCAAAACUUGAACCAAGUUUUAAGUAGUCGUAGUCAACGUCCAAGUCGGAGGAUAAACAGAGAAACGAUUCCUAAUUUAAUCAUGAAUAUUAAUAUAAAUAAUUGUUUAACAAUGUUUAGGUUGAUUCUCUCGUAAUCUACGCGCCGCCACCCACCCGUUCCUCCCAUUAAACAUUCACACAUAAGUAAAAGUCUUUUUCCAGAAUAAUUUCCGUAAACCACAUUUUUUAGUUUCCUUUUAAUUAAGGAUUUUUGUUAUGUUAGCUGUACUUAUACUUCCGUCUAUUUAACAGAAAUAGAGCCAGAGUCUUGUUACUUGACAAAGAGUUUGAAUUAUUUCUAAAUGUGGUCGAAUUGAAUAAAUGAAGCUAAAAGUAA